GCGCGUCUUUCGGGCGCAGGCCGCCCCGGGAGCCACGCCCUCCCUCGGAGCUUUGGCGGCAGUGGACGUGCCCGCGACAGGCGUGUCCGCGGCUGCGCGGGAGCAGCGCCCGGAGGGCUCGCGCGUGGGGAGCGGAGCGGGCGGCCGGGCGGCGGCCUCAUGGCCCCGCAGGGAGGCGCCCCGCGCCUGGUGCUGCUGUUCAGUGGGAAGAGGAAGUCCGGGAAGGACUUCGUGGCCGAGGCGCUGCGGAGCAGGCUCGGGGCUGACGUCUGUGCCAUCCUGCGUCUGUCCGGGCCACUCAAAGAGCAGUACGCUCAGAGAGUAUCCGGGAAACGCCGCGGACGGAGCUGCCCGCCCCGGAAUCCUCCUCUGAGAAAUGUGGGAGGAAACGAGUCCAAGGGGGCCGAGCUGCGGACUCAGGACCCCUCCCGUGUCCCUGGGGAAGGGAGGCCAGGACAUCCGAGCAGGAGCCAGGUGGAGGGGUGCCGUUUCCGCACAGAGUCCGAGUGUGGCCUGGACCACUUGGAGGCCUUCGACUGGGUCGUGGAGAACCAUGGGGACGCGGGGCUCCUGGAGGAGCAGCUGCGGCGCCUGGAGGACUUUGUCCGCUCCAGACUGUAGCUCAGUGCUGGCACCCCUGCGGGCACGUGGGGAGAGGCAGGGGGCUCGGGGCCUGUUUCUGGGGGGCUGGCGGGUGCCAUGCAAGUCAAGACACCCCCGGGGACCCCGUUUCUUUGUGGAGGGGACAGCCCUGCCUCCUCGGCUGGAGACUGGCUGUGCUCAGGCUUCCCCGCAGGGACGCGCUCAGCCCCGAGUUAGGGCAGCAGCCCGGCUCCCCGCUGUGGGUCCUAAUAAACCGCCUCAGAGCACCCUCGGA